GUACAUGUGAUAUUUGCUAUUGCUGAUUUUUUAUUUAUUUUUAAUCAGUUUGCACAUGUGAUGAGUUAAGUGGAGUCACGCUGGAUAAAAAGAGGCGAUUCUGCAAUUGUUGAGCACACUCUAAGUAAGAGCUGACACCUAGAAACACGUACAGUAAACCCAUUUUAUUUUUAUGCACAAAAAAAGAUCCUUGUCUUAUUAACAGAUUGAUCAUUAACUGAGGCUUCAUAUUAUUGUAGAGCGGCAGGAACACAUUUUCUUUUGCAUAUUUGGAUCUGGAUUGUGGCCCAAGGACGUGGACACAGACAGAACAGGGAGCCAUGGAGCUGCUCACUGUCUUUGCGCUUUACUCUAUUCUUAUCUUCAUUCUCUUUAUUCUGCUAUCAUGGGCCAAACAGAAGUCAUACAAGUCAUUGCCCCCCGGACCUACUCCAAUUCCAGUGCUGGGGACCCCCAAAUAUAUCGACUUAAGAAAUCUCACCAUGAAGUUCCAAAAGCUCAGCCAGGAAUACGGCACAGUUUUCACCAUUUGGAAAAUGUCAGAACCUGUGAUCGUUCUGUAUGGUUAUGAGACGGUGAAAGAAGCCCUUGUAGAUUAUGAUGAUGUAUUCAGUGGACGACCAAAUAUCCCUGCCAUGCACGCCUUCAGCAUGGGAUACGAUAUUAAUGGAGCGCGAUGGCGCUCACUCCGGCGUUUCACCUUGACAACUCUUAAGAAUUUUGGGAUGGGUAAUAAAGCCUUGAAGAUGAGAUUAUUGUCAGAGUCCAAGUGUCUAAUCCAGGCUAUGUCAGAGACAGAAGGGAAACCCUUCAACCCAAGAAUGUUCCUGGCCUGUGCUUUGGGAAACAUCAUUAGUUCUGUACUGUUUGGGGAGCAUUUUGAUUACCAGGAUGAGAAGCUGCAGAACCUUCUUGCGUAUACAUCCAAAUUUAUUACAGCGAUCAAAUCUCCACUAAGCACGCUCUGCAAUACUGUCCCAGCUCUUCUGAAGGUCCCGGUCAUCAGACAUCAAGUCCUUAAAAGAACAAAAUUUCUUUCAACAUUUGUGAAAAAGUAUAUAAAGUAUCACAAAGAGACUUUGAAUCCGGAAUCACAGCGGGAUUUCCUGGACCAUUACCUGAUGAAGAUAAAGGAGGUGGAACAUGAGAUGGAUCCAGAUUUUUGUGACACCAGUCUCCUUGCAAUAGUUACAGGACUAUUAGCUGCAGCAACUGAUACGAUGACUUCUACCCUAAAAUUCAGCCUGGUGCUCAUGGCCCAUUAUCCAGAGAUACAAGCUAAAGUGCAGCAGGAGAUAGACGAAUUGACCAAGUCCUUGCGUCCUCCUGAGAUCACAGACAAACCCCAUCUGCCGUAUACAAACGCUGUCAUCCAUGAAAUACAAAGAGUCCUCGACCUCACACCAACUGCACUUUUCCAUGCCACCAAUGAAGAUGUCAAGUUCAGAGGUUACACCAUCCCAAAGGGAACAACCGUGAUCCCCUUCAUCACCUCCGUCCUGAUGGACCCAUCUCAGUGGGAGACUCCAGAAGAGUUUAACCCCGGGCAUUUCUUGACUGAAGACGGGGAGUUCCGCACCAGGGCUGCCUUCUUGGCUUUCUCAGCAGGGAAGAGAGUCUGUCUUGGAGAGCACCUGGCCCGUAUGGAAGUCUUCACGAUCUUCUCCACGCUUCUCCAGAAAUUCACCUUCACCCUCCCCUCGGGGACAAAAUGUCAGGACGCUAAAUUUCUGAAUGUAAACAAGGAUGAAAUAAUUGAAUCAGGCAAGAUAUGUGCUGAGCUUCGCUCCUUGUCCAAGUGACCGCUUGCUGUCCAUCUAUAUAUCUUAG